GUGUAGUAUAGUGUGCAUAUCUUGUUAUGCUGAGAUUACUGUUUUGAAGAUUAUCGUGAACAUAACCUAAGGAACACGAUUUAAAGUGCAAUUAUACUUAAGUUUUAUUUUAUUGCAAAAGAAACGAGAUGAAUGUGAUUUUAUAAAUUAUUUAGUGAAACAGAUAAUUUAUGAAAAAAUUUAUCACGAAUUGAAUAACAGAAAGAAUUUAAAAAUUGCACAGCUUUUUUCUAUUCCGAUAACAAUACAACCAAAUGACAGCUCUCAAGCACGUAGACUAUUUUAAUAAAUAUAUAAUUAUAAUUGUAAGCUGAUUUUUGCUUAUUGCGUAUCUCGAUUGAAAUUGCAUUUAUCUAUGUAUCUAGAAAGAAUGACAAGAAAAGUCUAUAAGAAUAUGAAUAAAAAUUUUAGUUAAUUGUAAUGAAGCAACGUGAUUCUUGUGAUAUAUUUUUAUUACAUUGGAUAUAUCAGUUAAUGAUACACAUGUCACUUGAUUGUGUAAAUAUUACUUAGAAAAUACAUGUGAUAGAAUAUCUUUAAAAGUAUCAUUAUAAACGUGUGGGAAUGGGCAAUUGCUUGUGCAAAGAUACGCCAGAACUUGAAAUAUAUGAUGGACAUAAUCAUGCAGAGACUGAAAAUACCAUAUUACCAGAAUCAAGUGUAGGCACAGUUGCAUCUGGUGAUAUGAGCACUACAACUUUUAAAUUUCCAACUUCAGCAAACAUUGAUAAAUUAGUACUUGAAACUCUCGGAGUAAUUGGUUCUCUUGUUGAUAAUGAACAGGAACCACCACCUGCAAUGUUAAAAUUACAUGCUAUUGCCGAUAAAGAAGAUGGAUGGAUACAAGUUGUGAGUUCUAUGGUUAAUGUUAUUCCUAUGCAUAAUCCAUUAGGUCCUUCAGUUAUCACACUUCUAUUGGAUGAUUGUCCAUUACCAUCGAAGGAAUUAGUUUUGCGGUUAUCACACAUGUUUCAAUUAUCUCAAAAACUUGGAAAUGUACAGACUAGUGCAACUCAACAACGUAACAUUUGCGUGGUAUUGGGUUGUAUAGCAGAAAAGUUGGCUGGCCCAAGUAGCAUUGCUAUAUUAUCCGAUGAAACAUUGGACUAUCUUAUUUCAAACCUUAAGGAAGAUAUUGAUCCUUAUGUGGUAUUAUAUUCAUUAAUAGCUUUGGAAAAAUUUGCCCAAACAAGUGAGAAUAAAAUAACUAUAAAGAAACGUUUAAUGGCAGAAAAGCCAAAUCCAUUAUUAGAAUUAGAAAAAUGGGCAACAGAAAAUCAUUAUGUACGCCGCCAAGUAGGUUUUUGUGCACGAUGGUGUUUAGAUAAUUUACUUCUAAUGGAAGGUAGGAAAUAUUCUCAUGAUUCAGUUGAUAUGACUGGUAUUAAUGUAAUGUUAAACACGAAGGAUGUAAGCGAGUACCUGAAAAUAUCACCUAAUGGUUUAGAAGCUCGGUGCGAUGCAUAUUCAUUUGAAAGCGUAAGAUGUACAUUUCAAGUAGACUCGGGAAUCUGGUAUUAUGAAACACUUGUUAUAACUACAGGCGUAAUGCAAAUUGGAUGGGCUACAAAAGACAGCACGUUUUUGAAUCACGAAGGGUAUGGUAUUGGUGAUGAUGAAUAUUCUUUGGCCUAUGAUGGUUGUCGCCGAUUAAUUUGGUAUAAUGCAAAAAGUGAGAAAUAUCAUGAUAGACCAUGUUGGAAAGCUGGUGAUAUUUUGGGUUGUUUACUAGACUUGAAUAAACUAGAAAUAAUAUUCUCUAUAAAUGGUGUACCGCUAAAACCAUGUGUUCAGGUUUUCAAAACAGUAAAGUCUGGAUUUUUCGCAGCAGCCAGUUUUAUGUCAUUCCAACAAUGUCUUUUUAAUUUUGGGAAUGUACCUUUUAAAUAUCCUCCUACCGAUCGCGAAUAUCAGAAAUUUAAUGAUUAUGCUACUUUGAAGCCUGAGGAUAAGGUUGUGCUUCCUAGACACAUAUAUCUAGAUCAAUUGAGGAAACUUAGUGUUAGAGAGGACUCAUGUACAUUGUGUUUUGACCAAAGAGCUUCAGUAAGAUUGCUCCCAUGCAAUCACAGAGGAUUCUGCCAAACGUGUUCGAAUCAGCUAGUAGAGUGUCCAAUGUGCAGAGCUACGAUCGAAGAAGUAGCUAUUGAUAACACAUGACACUACACAAGCGUACUGACAUUUUUUAAUACUCUUCCACUACCUUUCCUAUAUUAUAUAAUUCUCAGGAAUUAUCGCGAGGUAAUCACAAUUACAACACAUCAUGUGUAUCACAUAUUGAAUAUGGUUAUAAUAUUUUAUAUAUUUCUCUUCUUACAAUACAGUAUUUUAAAUCAACAGAAGGACUAUAAAUCAAUCACAGAAAGCAAAAUUGCAUUUAAAUGUAUCACACUUUUAAGAUAUAUCAUUCUGAAUGUUGCAUUCAUAUGUGUAGAUAUAACAUACAAAUUAUUAUAUUACAAAUUUAAAUUACAGACAAAUAUCAUCUUAUAUCUACCGGCUGUGCAAAUUAUUUUCUCUAGGUUUUAUCUAAGUACAUCUUACAUCUAAUUAGAUGUCUAAAGUAAAAUAGUGAGAUAAAAAUUUAAAUAUUUUUUUUACACUAUACACAUUCGAAAAAAGCAGGUAACAUUUGCAAUUUAUAUCUGAAUUGCUACGAAUGUUGUACAUUUCCAAUUUAGUGUUUGUGACUGGAUCACAAAUAUGUAGACACUAUUUUGUCUAUGAACUUGAAGUUCUUUUCCGUUAAAUUAUAAAAGUUUGUAUUAUCUAUAUUUGUCAAUAUUGACAAACAAAUAACUGAAUUUGCGCUGUAAAUGUAAGAUUAAUUGUAGAAAACUGUAAAAUAUUGAUACCUUGUAGUAUAUAUGGAAAGAACACACACAUACACAUAUUAUAUUCUUGUGAAGACAUAAAAUGUUAUCAUAUGUAUAACUUUGCAAAA